AUGGCAUCUGGGUCUUGGGACUAUGAAUAUCAGACUUGUAUAGUAAGUCUUGUUAAACAUUUUUAUAUCAAAUUGUUAAUAUGAUUAUGAUGUUAUUUCAAUUUUAGCGCGCGAUUGAUAACUUUCGUAUUCAAGACCUUCAAGCUGUGUUAACAAGGUUUUCAAGUGCUCCUUUAAGGAAUAGUACGAGGAAGGCAGACCUUCAAAAACGUCUGAAGGACCUGUUAACGGUUCCAGCUACGAGAAGAGCUGCCAUGGAUAAUAUACUUGCCAUGAAUAGACAGAGGUCUGUUCAGAUGGGUUCAACUAUACCACCAGUGAGGCAUGGCUUUGUAAUGCAACAGCCCCAAUAUGGAAGGGCUGGUAUGCCUUCAAAUUGGCAACAACAGCGGAUUCCAGUGCCAGGCCGUGGAGUUGGUGCUCAACAGAUCCGAGCACCGUACGGAGUGCCGAAUCCUAAUAUGAGGGGGCAAGGGAACUACAACCCUGGACUGUUGAUGAAUCCAAGUAAUAUUGGUAGGUGCUUUACAUUUAUCAAAAUUUUAUGUUUUAAGUUAAUCACUACAACUACUACCAAGUUUUUAGAUCCAAAGGCCAUCCAGUUUACUGUUUUACCGUUCUACGAGCAAAAAGAAGUUGUCAUGAGUCACACUUUGUUACCACAGUAUCCUAAAGCGGACAACAACAUGGUGCAUGCUCACUACAAGUUCUCGCUACCUAGACAGUUUAUUCAAGAGCUGAGCGGCAUGGGAGAUCUGCCACGAUACGAAGUUCAGUUGAGAAUGUGCCUAGCUGAUGGAUCGAAGCAUCAAGUAGAUGCUUAUCCCAACAUAAUCCGGGGCUAUGUCAAUCAAUCUACUAUUCAGUUUCCUGUAAGUUUUAAAUUUAUUUUUUAACUGGUAUAAUUGAGAUUGCUUAAAAUAUAUUGUUAUAGCCGUUGAUGAAUGUACAAGCACCGCCUGGUCAAGGUGUUGGGCAGAUUCAGAAGAGAAGUUCGCGGUCUGUAGAUAUUACUCAGAACUGUCUACAUACUCAUAACAACGAAUUUAAUUUGCAUUUUGAGUGGCAGCCUGACCGCAACAACUAUGUCUUUGGUAUCUGGGUAGUAUAUCAUUUAACUUCUAAUGCUCUGACUUCAAAAGUCGAGAGGAGUUGUCCUAGAUACUACGAGGAGACUAGGACCAUGAUAAAACAACUGCUGGGUGGUGGGGAAGAAGAUGACAUUGCUAUGGAUGUGUGUCGUAUCUCGCUAUUAUGUCCUGUAAGUAAAUGAGUAAAGGAUUUAUAUUGUUUUAGCUUGCUCGUAUUAUAAUGAAACGGCCUGCGAGAGGAAAGUCGUGUACUCACUUACAAUGCUUUGAUCUCACCAAUUACAUUAUGAUGAACGAGAAGAGGGCCAAUUGGAAGUGUCCGGUGUGUAACAAACAAACCCUUCCUUCCGACCUUGUUUUAGAUGAGUAAGUCACUGCUGUAUCGAAAUUAUUGUUUAGUUAUUUUGUGGAAGUUAUUGAGAAGAUCAAGGGGCAGAGCUCCGAAGUCGAGUUGAAUCGAGAUGGCUCUUGGAGGAUGAUUCAGGAUGAGUUCAGCGACGACUCUCGGCCGUCUAGCCCUAAACGAUCUCGAAUGGAGCAGCAGGCGUCUGUGUCUAGCGCUGCUGAUCAAACAAAACCGGGAGCUAAUCAAGACAUAAUCACUUUGGAUGAUUCAGAUGAUGAUGAAUUGCAAAAUACAUCUAAUGCAGUACCUGUUACUCAACAUGUAUCUACUCCACCAGUUGUGGUACCCUCAACAUCAGUCCAGGAGAAAUUGACAGUUCCAACUCAAAGCAAUGGUGAUAAGAAUACAAGCGGGGAAUCUGUAAUCUACCUAAGCGACGAUGACGGCGCUACUGAGAACGCACCGCGGAAUCAGUUGGCACCUGCGAAUAAACCUACACAGGUUUGUAAUAAUAAUAGUGUUUUUUGAUUGUCCUUUAUAUUGUUGGCUUUUUUCAAUUAAAUCUGUUCUAUUUCCUCUUUUGGUUUGUAUUCGCUCUCGAUCUUAUACAUACUUUCGAUUUCAGAAUCCUGAUCUUACGGAGACCUCUAUCUUCUCUACGGCCGACACCGCUAACCAGUUGACUAACGAAUACAAGGACACGGUGCCACCCAAUCUUCUGUCAAGCCAGGCGAUGGCCGAGAUCAGCCUCGAACUGAUCUCCUUCCUUCAGAAGCUGCAGAACUGCGAACGAGAUUACAACCGGGUGUGA